UUGUUUUGAUUUGUCGUCUUAAGGAUUUCGCGAGAAAAGUAGGGUUUUUGAGUGAAAUAUCCUGUUUUCCAAAUAAUAUCCCUGCAGAGACUUGUCAAUUGACAUGUACAUGAGCAAAGAUUCUUUAGAAUCCCCAGAAAAUGUCCAAGCCACACAAACUAGAACCUCUUCUGACGACUUUUCAUGUAGCAUUUGCCGGAAAACCUUUAGAGCCAAGAUCCAGCUGAAGCGCCACAUGACAAACCAUCAGCUGAAGAAGCCACACAGUUGCAAGGACUGCUCGAGCAGCUUCAAUCAUCUCGACAAUCUUCUGCUGCACGUGGUGACGCACAAGAAGCCGCCUGUGGAUUGUCCCAGAUGCAAAGUGUCCUUCCACAGAAGCUCCAGUCUGCGCGGUCACAUAAAGACGCACUUCAAGAGCGAACACUUCUUCUGCCACAAGUGUGAUGACGUCUUCCUCCGCCGGGAAGACUUCCGGAAGCACUGUCAGCAGUGCUCAGGCAGAGACGAGACGCGGCCGGGGAAGAGCUUCAUCUGCGCGAUAUGCUCGAAGAGUUUUGGGAAGAAGAGCUCGCUGGACAGGCACGCAGUGAUUCACACUGGCCAGAAGCCCUUCAAGUGCGACGAAUGCAGUCGCGGAUUCACGCAGAAAUCCUCGCUGGAAAUCCACAAGCUCACGCACUCGAACACCAGGGCGCAUCAGUGCCCGAAGUGUCCUCUCAGCUUUGUGCAGAAGGUAAACCUGAAGUGUCACUUGCGCCGCGUGCACUGCCCUGAGGAUCAGGGCAGAUUCCCGUGCAAGCAGUGCUCGUGCAGCUUUAAGAAGCUCAGCGCUCUCAGCUUGCACGUGAAGAAGACCCACCAAGAGCCAGACAAGUGCCAGCAGGAAUCCGUCCAGGAGAAGUACGUGCAAUUCACGGAGCAUCGCGAGGACGGAACUGCAGUGCAGCACGCAAUUAAGGAAGUUUUUGGACAGAAGGGAAGAUUUCUGGUGUGCAAUUUUUGCCCCAGAAGGCAGAGGAACUUCUCCAGCUGGCUGCAGCAUAGAAAGCAUCAUGUGAGGGAAGCGCCGAGGGGAGUGUCGGAGGAAUCGUCUUCUGAGUCUGAGGAAGAAGACGCCUUGCCUGAGGGCGACAGAAGAGAGAGAGUGUUCCAGUGCAGCAGAUGUCCGGCGAACUUCCACAUGAAGACGCAGUUCACGGUGCACCUGAGGCAGCACAACAGGGAAAUGGCUCUGGAGAGGCGCUUGAGGGCUGUGAACGAGAGCGCCGUGCCCAGGCCACACGCUUGCAGUGUCUGUCCCAUGAGAUUCAUGAAGAACUGCCAUCUGAAGGAGCACCUGAUGCGCCAUCAGAACGUGCGGCCCUUCCAGUGCGCCACUUGUGGCAAAACCUUCGCCACACGCGCGAUCCUGGAAGUUCACGGACGCAGUCACACUGGCCAGAGGCCGUUCUGCUGCUCCAAGUGCGACAAGACGUUCACCACAGUCUCAGCCUGCCGACGACACAUCGAGAUCCACAAUGUGGACAAGAGUUACGAGUGCGCGAAGUGUGGCAGGAGAUUCAAGACGCACGAAUCCUUCAGGAAGCACUCUGUGAUUCACGAUGGCGCGAUAGUGGAGCUGAGGAAGCACGUGGAGAGCGAAGAGGCACCAGAAGAGCCUCCGGAAAUUCCCCAGACAACAGACAAUCUGCCUGCCGUGGAUUUCUCUGGCAUGGAAGACAAUCAGCCCAAGACCUUCAUUGUCUACCUUGAGGAUCACCAAUUCGACCCAGUUGAGGAAUAUCUGCAGCCUCAACUCUCCCCGAAUCUCAUCAAGAUCAAUCCGAUCGAGGGCGAUGGCGAGAGCACCACAAUCUUCUCCUGGACGCCGCAGAAGAGGCAGCAGAAAAUGCCCGAAGAGGAAAUAAUUCUCCCUCCACUGGAGAACAUUCCUCACACUCAACCUCCGGACGUCGUUCAGGAGAAGUCCAGAAGGGAGAAGAACUACAAGAAGUGCACAAACUGUCCGAAGAAAUUCCUCAAGCCCAUCGAUUUGAGGCGGCAUCUCAGGAUUCACACUGGCGAGCGUCCUUUCGAGUGUGACGAGUGCGGAAAGUCCUUCUCCUUGGAGUCCACGCUCAAGAACCACCGCCAAAUCCACUCAGCCUCGAAGCCCAAGUUCACCUGUGUCACGUGCCUGAAGGACUUCUCCUCCAGGGACAGCCUGAAGAUGCACCUGACCGUCCACACUGGCGAGAAGCCCUUCGAGUGUCUCUACUGCGAGAAGCGCUUCCGGACGCUGAGCAAUCGCAACGCGCAUCACUCGACGCACCUUAAGAAGAUCAACAGCACGAUUCGGGCAGAGGCGGAAAAGUCGUCCCAGGAAGUGUUCCUGAGUCCUGAUGAUUUGCCACCGCUGGUGCCCAUCCGGAAGUCCUAA